UAAUAAUUCAACAAUACAAAGCAAUAUUCAAAUUCCAGCUAUAGACAACAAUAUUUAUCAAAAUUCAUUUGAGUUUAAUCUAAAUUCAGAAGAAUUUAUAAAAGUCUAUCAAGAUUAUGAGAAUAAUUUAGAAAAUUAUAGUAAUUUUGAUGAUAAUUUAGAAGUAGAUGGAUUUGGAGAUAUUAACAAAUUAUUGAAUAGCUUGAAAGGCAGAAAUAAAUUUGAUAGUGAUAAUGAGUUGGUAAAUAGCUUAGAAAAUGAAGAUAAAUUUGAGGACAAUGAUGAAUUAGGAAAUAGUUUAGUAAGUAGAAAUGAAUUUGAAGACAAUAACGAAUCUUGGAAUAGUUUAGAAAGUAAAAAUGAAUUUGAGGACAAUGACAAAGAUGAGUUUAUAAGCAAGCUUGAGUAUAAAAAUUCUGAUAAUAAGUUAGAAGAUAAUAGUAAUAUUUCUACUAUAACAAAGACAAGAAUACAAAUAGCGAAA